UUGCAACUGUCAUUCUCAUUAUACCGUUACAUUGUAUAUAAUAAUAAUAUAUCCACCCGAACUAAUAUUAUAGGCUGCGUGUGCGUGGCUCGCGUGCAAUUUGAAGUAAGGCGUGCUGCCCUCAGUUGUUGUCAGAUCGUUUUACUUUAGUGCCCAUAAAAGUACCGAGAUUUAGACUGCACAAUACAUCCGCGACAUAUGUAUUGCCCUGUAUAGACGUUACAUGUUACACAUUAAACGCAUUGUUCAGUACACACAUCAUAGGUCAUGAAAAUUGAUACUGAUUUUUUUUCUCUGCUAUUAAAUUUUCAUAUUGGACAAAAAUAAUUCAAUCGUUAUCUUAAUGUGAUUCUCAUUUAGUUUUUCGAAAUCACGCACUUGAAUGACCUCGAUUAUUUUAGACGAUAAACGUUCUGACGAUAAAGUAAUUCAACGCCAAGCAGAAGUAAUGAAGAACAAUAAUGAGAAAUGAAAAAUAUUAGUGGAUAUGACCUUCCUCAAUAUUUAACAAAUAAAUAUGUUUUUUUUUUUUUUUUAUCUAUAUCUUAAUGUGUAUACGAAUGGGUAUACAAAAAUACGUAUGGUAUAAUAGACCGAAUUGUUGAUUUUGAAAGGUCCUCCGGCAAUAACUUUUGAUCGGCAAGACAGUAAAGUAGAGUCACAUAUAUGUUAGUCACGUUGGACGAGAAUGAGACAGGUAUGAGGUACGUAGUGGAUCAAGAGGAGGAACGACUAAAACAUUGGGCGCGUGUGUAAGAAGCGGGGGAUAAAAUGUAUGCAUGCUAGCUAGUGUAGCGUGUAGCAUGUAGAAUGCCAUCCGCGUUACUCGCGUAUCAACACACGAGGAAGGGCAAAGGGGAGGAGGGGAAGAAGCGACAAGCCAUCGCGUCUAGAAGGUGGGGAUUCCACCAGCAGCGGAGUUGGUUAAGUUACCGAGAGAUCGCGCUGAUGUUGUUUUUUAGCUUGUUCGUUCGUGGGCUCCGCGCGACUGCCAGAGCUCAGUUGUCGCUCAGUACGGCUCAGCGCGGCCAGUCGAAAAGAAAGGGGGUUUGACUUGCAUAUGUGUGCCUAUACGUACGCGUGUGCGCGACUCCUUUGCAUAAUUCUCAAUUAUAAUAAGUACCUGAAAUUGUCAAAACCCCUGAGGGUCACCAGGCCCAGAAGCUAUUCUGGCCAUCUUCUACCUGCCUGUCGGCCAACAAGGUCAUAAAAGGGAUACUACGGACCUAUAGAAAAGAGAAAUAAGAAUUGGGAAGAAAAAGAAACGAUUAGGGCAAUAAGAGAGGCUACCAAGUUUUUGGAAGUAGUUAUUACCAAUUCCCAGUAUUGCUUUUAAGUUUGGUCACUGGGAUAUCAUAAAAAGGGGUGGAUAGUUUUAUGGUUUUUUUUUUUUUUUUUAUUGCAUUUGCGGUAAAAUUCAAAUGUGUCAGUGAUAAAGUGAGACAUUGAUACAACAAAAAAGUACAACAAUAAAUAAAAAAUAAAUAAAAGUGAACUUUGUAGUAUAAUAAUGAUGUUAAGAAAAGGUUUAUUAUUGAAGGGAUACACGCAUAAAUGUGUGAGUUCUGUCAUUCGUGUAGGACGAUAAAAUAUUUCAAUCUUAGCCCAACUGGUUUUUGAAUAUUGUGAAAUAUUAUAAUAAUUUAAAAAUAAUUUAACUAGCUAAAGUAAAGAAGUAUUUUAUGUUGCCAAGUGUUUUUUGUCACAAUUUAUUGCAUAUUUAAAGUUAAACAGUUUACGUUAAGAACGUUGAUGCCAAAGUGUGCUGUGUUUUUGUUUUCUGUUACAACCUUUUCAUCUACUGGAUUUCUCAUCUGGAUCAUCUCAACGCCGGUUUAAAAAAAUAAAUAAUUAUUCGUAUUGGAUAAAAACAAUUUUACACGUGGGCGACACGUCAAACACUUAUCAUCGUGUUUUCUUGGCGGGAUUAUCCACGCGUCCGCUAUCAAUCCAAACUCUCCACCCUAACCCUUUCUUACCCUAUUUUAAUCGGUUUUCAUCCCUGCCAACUAUUUUCUACCGUUUCUCCAUCCUCAAUUUGCCACCCUUCCACCUGUCUACUGCGGUGGUACGCGCGGGGUUGCUUACACGCAUACUCACUCCUGCGCACACACACACGCGCACACAAACUCCCGUAUCGGAUCGUGCCCCUACCUUUUAACAUUCAUUCCCUACACAUAAUCUCUCUUUAUUUUCCUCAUAACCUCUCACUCCAACACAACCCAUCUUUCUCUCCAUCCAUUCUAUUUUCGUUUCGACAUCCCACUUAUUUUUUACCUAUUACAUCCACUCAACGUUCCUCUAUUUAACACCUCACCAAUGACAAUCCUAAUCCGGGCAAUGGUAAUCCCCGAAUACACUUCAUUCCUCUUUACUAAUCAUUAACCUGAACCGUCAUCCAUCCCUACACCCUUGGUGUUAACAAUUCAAAUUUUGCAAACCAAAACAACGUUAAAAAUAACAAAUCGCAACCGUCGUAAUAACUGUGUCGUUACACUACCACCACGAUCUGCACCAUCGCCGAACACGUGUCUUGUUCAACGGCGACCCUGUACGACAAUGUACACGCCGCGCCGCUAUGCGGCUCCGGCGUUGGCCAUCCUGGCUCAAUUACAUCGAUGGGUACAGCCACCGGAGCGGGAAAUUCCACCGGGGUGACCUGGUGGGCCAUGAUGAACGGUGGCGUCUACGAAGAAAGUCCGCCACCAAUUCCGCCACCAGCCUCAUCUCUCAUCUCUAUUCACCAGCAGCAGCAGCAGAUUUCAACACCUGGAUCUCAUCAGCAAGCAACUACCCCAAGUUCACCUGGUGCUCCAAGCUCAGUAACCGCCUCCGCACCAGCCCCAACAGCAAGUGCCAGUUCGACAUCUCCAAGCGCUUCCUCCGUUGCCAGCAAUAGUGCCACUGGGCCACUUCACAUUCCAGCUAAAAGAUUGACGGCUACUCCUAUUGCCGGAACAACCUACGGAGAGGUGAAUUGUGUGGAAGGAUCUGCUGCCACUGGAGCGACUGCAGGAGUGAUCAGGCACUCUCACUCGUCCUCUGCGGGCUCACAAGCUGGCUGGACGUCUUACAGCCCCCACAAUCCUCAAGAAGCUUACCACUCGUCAGCUGCAACAGCAGACACGUUGAAUCAUCACCAAGCAUACGGGGGCACAAACCCCCCAACAUACUACAACCUGGCGGACUCCGGAAUAGGAUCGUCCAGAGAUAGUCGGAAGUCCAGUAGCGCCCUGAGCUUUUGGUCCCCAGCAACAGCCAGUUCUGGGCCAGCUACUGGCGCAACUAACUCCGACUACAAAUCCUACAACUCGGCGACUGGAGGAAGCACUGCUGCUACUUCUUCUUCUGGUUCGACACCUGGUGGUGCCUCUGAUCCAGCUGUUUCCAGCGGGCACUCUGGCUUCUCCCAGAGCUGGUGUAACUACUCUCCCUACGCCACUGCUAGGCACCAUCAUUCUGUCGAUACGACACACCAUCAUCCUCAUUCCCAAGCUGGUGUAUCGUAUCUCACCUCCUCGGCGCCAGACGAACGGGGGAGGAUGGCAGCAAUGGUUGCGGCUGAGAGUGCAUUUCCUCAUGAUGGAUACGGAAGUCUGAGGAACUAUGGAGCACCAGAACCCGUUACAUCCAGCCCUUACACGACACCAGGUUCAUUGGGCAUGCCGGUCAGUGUACCUGGAAUGGGCGUUAGCUGUGCAGGAGGGAACCCACUGGAGUGGACUGGACAAGUGACAGUGCGAAAGAAACGUAAACCGUAUUCAAAGUUUCAGACUCUUGAGUUAGAAAAAGAAUUUCUGUUUAAUGCCUAUGUGUCGAAACAAAAGCGAUGGGAAUUAGCACGGAAUUUAAAUCUGACAGAGCGGCAGGUUAAAAUAUGGUUUCAAAAUCGUCGGAUGAAAAACAAGAAAAAUAGUCAGCGGCAAACACAACAAACUAACAAUAACAAUAACAGCAGUGCUAAUAAUGCGAACCAUCACGGUACAGCUAGCGGUAAUCAUCAUCAUCCUGGAAGUACUCACGGGCCAUCGAGUCAUCAUGUUCAAGUCAGCCAGACGCACCACGCAAAUGGCUCUGCAAAACAUCAUCAGUGACCCGUAGCCUUCUCUGGGGUCGUCUUUGGUCACCAACCACAUCAUGCUUCCACUUCAAUACACACCAGUGGUAAUAAUACUCACGGUCUUGCAGCCGCGGCAGCAGCUGCUGCUGCAGCAGUCAGCCAGAGUCAUACUCACAGUCAUAGUACUUUCCAUACUACCCAAUCAUCACAACUAGCAGCAGCUCUGCCUCCUCAUGCUACCAGUACAACUGCUUCAGCAGCAUCUCCAGCUGUUCACUCUCAUCAUCCUCAUCACUCCUCCCAUCAAUUGGCUCAUAUGGCGGCUCAUCAUCAACAUACAAUGCUCUUCCAUCAGUCCAGCCAUGGUCUUGCCGCCUGAGUAUCAGGAUCCUGGUUUUGCUUUAGGUAACAAUCAUCAUUAGACCUUUGCAAUUUGUAAUUUUAGAAAAUUAUAAACCUUUUCGUGAUCAAGACCGUGAUGAAAUUGAUGUUAAUACUGCUAAUUAUGAAACAUCAGGGCUUGUACGAACUCCCAGAGAAUCCGUUAUUUAUAAUAUAAGUACGUGUAUAUGCAUAUCAAGGUGCUUAGAAAAAAAAAAUUUCUUUUCUUACCAUACAAAACGUUUCUUCUAGAUUUAAAAAUAUUUUCCUAACAGCGCAGCUUCCUAUCUUAAUUUUCUAAGAAACACAACGAGCUUUCCUUUUCUCGCAAAAGUAACACGUAAAAAAAUUUUUUAUACAUUUUAUGAUACACAUUUUUAUUGGAAAUUGAAUUCUCUACAAAAAAGCUCUCAUAUGUUUUUUUCGUAACCUCAGCAGGUGAUAAAUUAUUACGAUUUUUACACUUCUUGCAAAGUUGCGUUUUUAGGAAAUUUUUUUUUUUUACACUUAAAAGAAAUUUUUUAGAUGAUAGGAAAAUAAUUUUUUUUCAACACCUUAAUGCAUAUACACAUACAGGAACAUAUAUAGCUAUAUAUAUAAAUUUAUAAAUAUACUAUGUCAUUAAUGAGUUAAAGUAAUAGUACACGUACACUCGA